UGAAGCCAAACAAUUCACAAGCUAGCAUCUGCGACUUUAAAAUCUACAUUUAGCUCCGUUUUGCCUGCAAAUGUUUGAAAAUAGACUCGAUUAAAAAAAAUAAAACAGACAAAAUUACAAAAAAACCAAAAAACUUACUUUAGACGUCUGAGACCUCGUAGCUUCUAAAGUUAACGUUGCUGAACUAACACUCAAUAAUGUGUAACUAAAUCUGAAUAAAUUAAGGAAUUUCAGUCCCAAUUGUUGCUGGAUAGGAUAUUGUACAUUUUUAAAAGUGUUAGAAAUGUGAAUAUUAAUCCACGGUGGUGACAUUUGAGUGACAAUCACAUCAACUAUGGAUACCUGCAAUAGCUGCCAACCACCACUGGAGGGAGACAAAACCUCAUGUUGGACAAACCAUCGCCAAUGCAAGUAGCUGUGAACCACCGCUUGAGGGAGACAAAACCUCAUGUUGGACGAACCAUUUCCAAGGCAAGGCAAGUGCCUGAAGGACCCCUGCUGUGAAAGGGGAGGAGUCACCGGGGGGCCAGAGCAAAGUGUCCCCCCGAGCGAAGGAGCCCUCAGUCCCCGGCAGCAUGCGACCCGACACCCGCGACUAAAUGGACGAGAAGCCCGAGCUGUCUUGAGUUGUGUUGACCGACAGCCGCCGGUAGGAUGGCCGCCAACUUUCGCCUCGUCUUGUCCGCGCUGCUGCUCGCCGUCUCGCCGCCGCCUUCGGCCGCCUUGGAGCCCGCGGACCUGCUGUACGAGUCCGCCGUGCAGGCCUUCUACGCCGGCGACUACGGCGGCGUGGUGCGCCUCAUGGAGGCGGCGCUGGGCAGCCACGCCGAGGUCCGCCGCGCCAAAGUCCGCUGCCGGCUGAGGUGUCAGGACCAGCACCGCUUCCGGGAGGGCUUCACCGAGCUGGGCUUCUUCGACGUGGUUCUGCGCCGGGCGGCGUGCAUGGACGCCUGCGUGGAGGAGGCGGUGGGCGUGCAGUCCCUGCAUCGAGUCAGCGAGGACGUGGUGCAGGACUUCAACCGCAGGAUUCCUUACAACUACCUGCAGCUGGCCUAUCGCAAGCUGAAGCAGCCGGACAAAGCGGCGGCCGCGGCGCACACUUACUUCCAGGCCAAUCCGGAACACGUGGAGAUGGGUCAGGACCUGGAGCAGUACAAGGACCUGGAGGGGGUCAAGGAGGACCACUUUGUGGACCGAGAAGCUCGUCCUCACCAGCGCUCCUUUACGGCGGCUGUGACUUUAUACGACCAAGGCGACUACGAGGGGGCCAUCCAUCUCUUCGAGGACGCCCUGUUGGAGUACUACAAAGCGGACGUGGAGUGCCGGGCCCUGUGUCAGGGGCCACACAGGUUUGAGGGCUACGACCACCUUCGCUACCGCUACAGCCUCCAUGAAGUCAUAUCAGAUCACUUCACUCAGGUGCUGCACUGUGAACACGAGUGCGUCAGAGACCUCGCCACCAGGCCGGGCCGCCUGUCCCCCAUGGAGAACUACCUUCCUCUCCACUACGACUACCUCCAGUUCGCCUACUUCCAAGUGGAAAGGCUGGAGGAGGCGCUGCAGUGUGCGCUCAGCUACCUUUUGUUCCACGCAGGAGAGGAGUUCAUGACAGAAAAUGUGGACUAUUACAAAGAGGUGCUGGGACACGACCUCGGACCGAGAGAGGAGGCCGCCUGGUACCUCAGGAGGCACAAACAGGAGCUGGAGCUGCUUCUGAUUGGAAGUGAAACCAUGGGUGUGGACUUCGUUGAGGGGAACUACUGGAGCAGCUCAGGUGGGAGAGACAACACCAACAGGAUUCCAUCGGGCACGGACGGGGGGAUGGAGUAUGUUCCAAUGUGGGAGAAGAAGAAUGAGAGUGUGGUUGUAUCACAGCAUCUGAAAGAAGGUGGGCCGCUGCUGUAUGAAGGUGUGCGGGUGGUGCACGACUCCGGGGCCUUGAACGGGACCCAGCGGGUUCUUCUGGAUGAAGUCAUAACAGAAGAAGAGUGCUGGGCGCUGCAACACCUGGCGCACGCGGUCACCCUGGCGGGGGACGGCUACAGGGGCCGGAUGUCCCCUCACACGCCCAAUGAGAAGUUUGAAGGGGCCACCGUGCUGAAAACCCUGCAGUACGGCUUCGAGGGCCGGGUGCCCAUGAGGAGCGCCCGCCUCUUCUAUGACGUCAGCGAGCGGUCCAGACGCAUCCUGGAGUCUUACUUCCUGCUCAACUCCACCCUGCACUUCUCCUACACUCACCUGGUGUGUCGCACCGCCAUCACAGGUCAGCAGGACCACAGGAACGACCUGAGCCAUCCCAUCCAUGCUGACAACUGUCUGCUGGACCCUGAGGCCAACCAGUGCUGGAAGGAACCCCCGGCAUACACCUACAGGGACUACAGCGCACUCUUGUACCUGAAUGGAGACUUUGAAGGCGGAGAAUUCAUAUUCACAGAGAUGGAUGCUAAAACUGUGACAGCGUCAGUCAAGCCCAAGUGUGGCAGGAUGGUUGGUUUCUCCUCGGGCGGCGAGAACCCUCACGGCGUGAAGGCCGUCACCAGCGGGCAGAGAUGUGCCGUGGCUCUCUGGUUCACCCUGGACCCUCUCUUCAGAGAACUGGAGAGACUGCAGGCAGAUGAAGUGAUCCAGGCUCUGGACUCGGAGUCUGUGUGGCAUCAAGGUCUGGACAUCAACCCUAAAGAUGAACUAUAGUGGCACUGCAGGGAUGUUAUUUAUUGUUAAAUACUUUUAUUUUUCUACUGUUUCAAAGUGCAGGUUCAGUGAUAAAUGGGGUGUUUGUUUAUGUGUGUGCGUGUAUGUAUGUGUGUGUGUGUGUGUGUGUGUUCUUGUAUUUCUACCCUUCCGGAGACAUGAAGAAGGAAAAGUAUCUUCCAUAUGAGGAGGUGUGAACAAGUGAUGACAUAAAUAACAUUGCAUCUAAUAGAAAAUGUCUCAUUUGCACCCCUGCUGGUGGUGACAUCUACCAAAAUGAGGGUGGUCCCAAAUUGACUGGGUGUCGCUUUUAAAAGUGCACUCCCUCUGGUCAACAUAUGAAAUAACAAGUGUGUGUAAGAAAUUGAAAUGUGCCCCCUUUUUGGACAAAAUUAAUAAAUAAAUAAAAAUGUAUAUAGAGACAUACUGUAAUAACUUGAAGUAAAUAAUGAAAAUUAAAUACCAAUUCUAAACAAAAAAUACAAACUACAUCAAAUUAACUAAAAGCAGUAUUUUUCCUCACAAUGUGUCGACAUUUUACGUAUAAAAUCGGGAACAAUUACUCAUACUUUUUCUGUUUCUGUAAUAUUGCAAUAUUUUCUCGUGAAAUUAUAACUUUUUUUAUGUAAAAUUAUGACGUUUGUCAUAUAAAAUUCUGAUUUUUAUCACAAUAUUGCCAUUUUUUUGUUGUAAAAUAAUGAAUUUUUUUUAGUAUAACUAUGGCUUUAGUCAUAAUUUUGCCAAGUAAAAUUCCGAUUAUUAUUAUAACAUUGACAAAAUGUUCGUUUUCUUCUAAGAUUUUGACUUUUGUCGAGUAAAAGUACAACUUGUUUCAUAAAAUUGCCAACAUUUUAAGCUUUUCUUGUAAAAUGGCCACUGUUAUUGAGUGAAAUUCCAACUUUUAUCAUAACACUGCACAAAUGUUCAGUUUUUCUUGUAAAAUUUGGACUUGAGUUGAGUAAAAUGAUGACUUUUCUUAUUAUACUGACAACAUUUUACGAUUUUUUCGUGAAAUUGUGACAUUUUUCUCGUAAAAUUCCAACUCAUUUUUCCCCACAAGCUAUUUUAUAUUUGCAUAGUAUGUAUAUAUUAUUAAUGUUGUAAAUACACAUCUUUAUACAUCUUAAAAAAAGGGUGGUCCUAAAGAGGGAGGCAUUUUUCUCAGGUCUCAAGGGUAACAAAUACAAGAGUGUGUGUUUCUGUUUGUGUUCUUGUAAUUCUAUCCUUCUUGAGACAUGAAUAGGGAAAAGUAUCUUCCAUAUGAGGAGGUGUGAACAUAAAUCAUGGUCCCAAUAACAUUGCAUCUAAUAGAAAAUGUCUCAUUUGCACCCCUGCUGGUGGUGACAUCUACCAAAAUGAGGGUGUCCCAAAUUGACUGGGUGUUGCUUUUAAAAGUGCACUCCCUCUGGUCAACAUAUGAAAUAACAAGUGUGUGUAAGAAUUGAAAUGUGCCCCCUUUUUGGACAAAAUUAAUAAAUAAAUAAAAAUGUAUAUAGAGACAUACUGUAAUAACUUGAAGUAAAUAAUGAAAAUUAAAAACCAAUUACAAACAAAAAAUUAAAACUACAUCAAAUUAACUAAAAGCAGUAUUUUUCCUCACAAUGUGUCGACAUUUUUCUUAUAAAAUCGGGAACAAUUACUCAUAUUUUUUCUGUUUCUGUAAUAUUGCAAUAUUUUCUCGUGAAAUUAUAACUUUUUUUAAUUUAAAAUUAUGACAUUUUUCAUAUAAAAUUCUGAUUUUUAUCACAAUAUUGCCAUUUUUUUGUUGUUGUAAAUAUGACUUUAGUCAUAAUUUUGCCAAGUAAAAUUCCGCUUAUUAUUAUAAUAUUGACAAAAUGUUAGUUUUCUUCUAAAAUUGUGACUUUUGUCGAGUAAAAGUACAACUCGUUUCAUAAAAUUGCCAACAUUUUAAGCUUUCUUGUAAAAUGGCCACUGUUAUUGAGUGAAAUUCCAACUUUUAUCAUAACACUGCACAAAUGUUCAGUUUUUCUUGUAAAAUUUGGGCUUGAGUUGAGUAAAAUGACGACUUUUAUUAUAAUACUGACAUUUUUUUUUCGGGAAAUUGUGACCUUUUUCUCGUAAAAUUCCAACUCAUUUUUCCCCACAAGCUAUUUUAUAUUUGCAUAGUAUGUAUAUAUUAUUAAUGUUGUAAAUGCACAUCUUUAUAUAUCUAGAAAGGGUGGUCCUAAAGAGGGAGGCAUUUUUCUCAGGUCUCAAGGGGGUAACAAAUACAAGAGUGUGUGUGUGUCUGUUUGUGUUCUUGUAAUUCUAUCCUUCUUGAGACGUGAAGAAGGAAAAGUAUCUUCCAUAUGAGGAGGUGUGAACAUAAAUCAUGGUCCCAAUAACAUUGCAUCUAAUAGAGAAUGUCUCAUUUACACCUCUAUUGAUGACUAUCAGAAUGAGGGUGGUAUCAAAAAGGACGGAUUUUUUCAAAUUGUGUGUCGAUUUUAAAAGUGCUCCCCUCUGGUCAACAUAUGAAAUAACAAGUGUGUGUAAGAAAUUGAAAUGUGCCCCCUUUGGCCAAAAUUAAUUAAAAUACAUACAGAAAUAUGUAUAUAGACAUACUGUAAUAACUUGAAGUAAAUAAUGAAGAUUAAAAACGAAAAAAACUACUCAGUGGCCUAGUGGUUGGACUCUCCACCCUGAGAUGGGUAGGUCGUGAGUUCAAACCCCGGCCGAGUCAUACCAAAGACUAUAAAACCGGGAGCCAUUUCCUCCCUGCUUGGCACUCAGCAUCAAGGCUUGGAAUUGGGGGUUAAAUCACCAAAAAUGAUUCCCGGGCGCGGCCACCGCUGCUGCUCACUGCUCCCCUCACCUCCCAGGGGGUGAACAAGUGGAUGGGUCAAAUGCAGAGGACAAAUUUCACCACACCGAGUGUGUGUGUGUGUGUGUGUGUGUGACAAUCAUUGGUACUAUAACUUUAACUUUUAGAAAAAAUGAAAACUAACAAAAAACAUACCUUUUUAAUAUUUGCAUAGUACGUUAUGUAUUAUUAAUGUUGUAAAUACAAAUCUUUAUAGAUCUAGAAACGGUGGUUUAAAGAGGUCGGAAUUUUUCUCAGGUCUCAAGAUGGUACGAAAUACAAGUGUGUGUGUGUAUGUGUGUGUGUUUGCUGUGUGUGUGUGUGUGUGUGUGUGUUCUGGCAAUGCCGACAUAAUGGGGACAUGGCUCUGUUUACAAAGUCACCUUUAGGGGAGCUCUGACGGUACGGGGGCAAAAAAAAAACAGGUCCCCUAAAGGGAAACCUAUUUAAAUGAUAGUCAGACCCAUUCUGAAGAUGCUUAAGUGAUGACUAAUGAGUUUGUAUGUUAUUUCUGUGGUUUAAGGUAAGAUAAGAUAAUCCUUUAUUGAUCCCACAACAGGGAAAUUUGGGUUACUUUGUUUACGUGUUUCAAAUAUUGGUAAAAGAGAAACAUUUUAUUUUUUUGAAAAGUGAAAACCUGGCAUAGUACUGUGAUUCUCUAUGGUAUCCAUCCAUGGUUAAAACUAAUAUAUUUUUCCAAAAACAAAAUCUGAUUUAGUCUUCCUUAUGAUGACAUGUUCAUACAGCAUGAUUAUAAAACAUUAUAACCUUAAAGUAUGAUUCACAUUCAGAAUGUUCCAUCCUUCUAUUUAUGGUAGUUGGAGUUGCAGACGACUUCAUGACUGCUAAAUAGCAGUUUUCAAUAAUGUCACAGAAGAUGCAGGAUUUGCUUAAAUGGUCCUCAGUAGUCACGAACAAAUUUGUGUGAAUCAUGCAAAAUUAUUUAAAUUGAAUCCCCAUGAACCAUAUAAACUUUCCCCCAGGGUCCCCAGUAAGAAUGAUCAGCACAUUACUUCAUCAAUCCAGAGAUUUAAAGACGUGUGUGAGCUAACUGGGCAGUGGCCAUUUUACCUAAUUUUUUUAUGCCUCCACAACCUUUGGAUAGGGUGGUCCCCACAAGUACUGAUCAACAGUUUUGUCCCCACCUCCACAACCUGUAGAAAGGGUGGUCCCCACAAGUACUGAUCAACAAUUUGGUCCCCACCUCCACGACCUGUAGAAAGGGUGGUCCCUACAAGUUCUAAUCAACAAUUUGGUCCCCACCUCCACAACCUGUAGAAAGGGUGGUCCCCACAAGUUCUGAUCAACAAUUUGGUCCCCGCCUCCACAACCUGUAGAAAGGUUGGUCCCCACAAGUACUGAUCAACAAUUUGGUCCCCACCUCCACAACCUGUAGAAAGGGUGGUCCCCACAAGUACUGAUCAACAUGUUGGUCCCCACCUCCACAACCUGUAGAAAGGUUGGUCCCCACAAGUACUGAUCAACACGUUGGUCCCCACCUCAACAACCUGUAGAAAGGGUGGUCCCCACAAGUCCUGAUCAAAAACUGGGUCCCCAUUCCAAAUGAUAGCCUGUGUGUGUGUGUGUGUGUGUGUGUGUGUGUGUGUGUGUGUGUGUGUGUGUGUGUGUGUGUGUGUGUGUGUGUGUGUGUGUGUGUGUGUGUGUGUGUGUGUGUGUGUGUGUUUCUUUAGCUGUUUUUUUUUUUUGCCGUGUUUUAAAGUGUUUGCCUUCUAAAAAUGCACUAACUCACACAAAGUCAGCGCUUCCUGGUGACAUUUCGCCCGAAAGCCACUUUUGUGCGAGCGAUGUGCGUCUCACUGAUCAGGUUUGAGGUUGCCAGUUGUGUGUUGUUGGGAAAUAUUGUUUUUUUAUUUACUGUCUGAAAGCGAGUACUACUUUAGGUAGUUUGUACUACGCCACUAAUGGUUGUCCUGCAAGUGCACUGUUUUCUACAUCAUAUAGAUUUCAAGGAGCGCUAUUUCAAAAAUAAAUGUCGUCGUAAUAAAGCUGAAUAUUGUUUAUAUUUAUACCAAUCAUGCACUCUCCUUAAAAAUAGUGUGUGUUGUUUUUAUUUAUGUUUGAAUACUAGUGAGACAGCUGCUGUCGCGACUGUCUGUCUACUUUUUUUUUUCAUAAAAGAUGUCAAUCGUUCCUGUUUCAAGGAAUAUGAUAUACAGUAUGUGUGGAUUUUAGAGUCAUGCACUGUGAAUCCGAUGUGGAAAUGUGUGUUUCCAAGGAGAAUUGUACCUGUAAGGCGAGUUUUGACACUUUUCUUUUCACUGAUAUUUAAAAAUGAAAUGCACAAAAUGAAAGUGUACAGUAAGCCAAAUAAAUUAUAAACUUUUAGUAUCAAA